CCACAGAAUGAUUCGAGUUGGAGAAGCUCCUAUUAAACAAGAAUUCCUUACAGAAAAGCCUUCAAUUCCGGAAGCACCUGCCUCUGAUCCACGAGAUGCACAAAACAACCAACCUAAAAAGAGGAAGAAAGGAGGCCAGAACAAGAGGAGAAGAGCCUAUCAACAACCUGCAUCUCAGAUGUUAUGUCAGAAUCUGAUCAGGGACGCAGAGUGCCUCUUGAAGGAUAAAUGCAAGAGGAGUCAUGACAGGCAGGCUUUUUUAUCCAUGAAAGGGCCUGAUUUAGCUGAUGAGUGUGUUAACUUCAAACUGUACGGUCUUUGUAAUUAUGGUAUAGCUUGUCGUUAUGGUUCGGGUCACCUCGAUAAAGAUCUAAGAAAUAUAAUUGACGGGGACCUAAAUGAAAAGAUGAAAAUCUAUGAAGUAAAAAAGACCUUGCAGAAAGAGAUUCAAUCGAAUCUAAGGUCAAAACAAGUCUGGUUUAAAAGAUCGUACGAAUUUCUUGAAUCGAACGGUAACGAUCUUUCUACUGAGCUGGGAACCCAUCUAAAAAGAACUCUGUCGAAAAGGCCCAAAAUUGAUGUUUCUACCGUAGACUCAGAAAAUAAUAACAAAGACAAUGUAAUACAAACGAAUGGCAGCGCAGUUGAUACUGAAUCAAAGAACGGUUUUAAAGCUGAAGCUAAUUCGCAAAACAAAGACGAACCAAACCACAAGCUCACAUGUCAGAAUGUCUAUGAAAGAAUAAAAGAAGAUUAUUACUGCCUCCAAACAAGACCAAAAAAGACCUUAGACCUUCGUGGCAAGCUCUUUCUCUCUCCGCUUACAACCGUAGGUAAUCUUCCAUUCAGACGAAUCUGUAAGGAGUAUGGAGCUGAUAUAACCUGCGGGGAGAUGGCUUUGUGUGGGGACCUGGUUCAAGCUCAUGGUAGUGAGUGGGCGUUACUCAAACGACAUCACACGGAGGAUAUUUUCGGAGUACAGAUCUGUGGGAAUAAUCCCACUAUGACGUCUAAAGCGUGUGAGUUGAUCAACUCAGAGUGCGAUGUAGAUUUUAUAGACCUCAACGUGGGGUGUCCUAUAGAUAUGGUGUUUAACAGAGGAGCUGGGAGUGCUCUCAUGGAUCGUGCUACCAAAUUGGAACAGAUACUGACUGGCAUGGUUCACGUCUCUGACAUUCCUAUCUCUGUAAAAAUGCGGAUCGGCACCUCAGAAUCUAAACUCACUGGUAUUAGUUUGUGCGAGAGGCUAAAGAAAACAGGUAUCUCACACAUAACAAUCCACGGUCGGACACGACAGCAAAGGUACACAAAGAAAGCUGACUGGGAGUACAUCAACAAGUGCAAGGAGGCAGCUGACCCCAUCACUUUAGUCGGAAACGGGGACAUUCUCUCCUACGAGGAUUAUAACGAGAGUCAGAAGUUUACGGAUAGUGUGAUGAUAGGUAGGGGAGCAUUGAUUAAACCAUGGCUUUUCUCAGAAAUAAAGCAGCAGAAACACAUGGAUAUCUCUUCGUGUGAGCGGAUGGAGAUGUUAAAAAAGUUUACAAGAUACGGUUUGGAACACUGGGGGACUGACACUUCAGGGGUUGAGAAGACACGGAGAUUUAUGUUGGAAUGGAUGUCUUUCCUCUACCGGUACAUUCCAGUUGGGGUCCUGGAGGUGCUCCCACAGAAAAUCAACGAAAGACCGCCAUAUUAUCAUGGAAGAGAUGAAACAGAGACUCUGAUGUGCUCUGAUAACUGUCAAGAUUGGGUUAAAUUGACUGAAAUUUUGUUGGGGAAGGUUCCUGAUGAUUAUAAUUUUUUACCGAAACAUGCCGCUAAUUCAUAUAGCAAGUAACUUUUCACAGCGUUUUCCAUAAUUUAUUAUAUUGCACCAAUUUAGCUGGGGUUUUAAAUGUAAGUUAUUAAACGUGCUUUUCCUUGUAUGGUCUAUUUUUCACGAUUUUAACUGUUUUAUAACUUUUAUAAUAUCAUAUUUGACGUAACACCCGUGAUCCGUAUUUUGUUAUUCAAAUAUUUGUAAAUGUUUCACUGUGAGCUAUGGUAUUUUUGUGAAAACAGUAGUAUUAUCGUUCUCUAACGAAAUAAUAACGGUAAGUAUUACUGUGACUU